GACAUUGACAUCUUCACAUUACGGAGCUUCAUUCACUGACCGAAGCGGCGGAGAAAUGGACGAGCAGGACGAAGACCUCGGUGCCUUUGAUCCAAACAUACCAGAGGAGGGACCAUCAGCGCCCCCUCCUGGCUGGCUGGAUGACAUACAUGGAUACCAGGGUCACAAAGGAGGACAGGAUGACAACCCGUUGUAUCCACCCCCACCUGCCUACAACCCCCAGCCUGAGCUCAACAGGAACACCCUGGUGCCCAACGUCAGGGUCCCCACGAUAUCGGAGGAUGUGGCCAGAGACGCCCUGCUCAAGUUCGUGGAGUCAAAAUGGCGGUACAGCUCCAAACCUGCCAGGAACCUGACCUUCAAAGAGCUCAAUCCCAUCACUGUCUACAGGUAUCGACUGGAGACCUACACCGAGACCAGAACCAGCGCCUGGCAGUUUGAACCCUACAAUGGACAGGUGGUGGACGGUCCUCAGUACGGUAUGUCCCCUCCACCGUGGGACGUCCCGGUGACAUUACCUCAGAGAUACACCGACGUGGUGGAGAAUAUCCGCGUGCCGCACACGUCCUUCGUCAAGACAUGUCACAAAUGUCACGGCUGUGGAAGAACUCGGUGUAUUAGCUGCUUCGGUAGAGGCCAGAAGCGUUGCACUUUCUGCCACGGAAACGGUCGCUCCAGGAACAAGCGUUGCACCUCCUGUCACGGCCGAGGUCGCAAGAGGUGUCACUUCUGUCACGGCCACGGCUACAAGACCUGCUCCGUUUGCCACGGCAGCCAAAACCUGAUGCACUUCAUCCUGCUCACGGUUACCUGGAAGAACAACGUAGAGGAAUUCAUCCCUGAUCGUCAGCCCGACUUCCCCGACAAGAAGUUUGAGAAAGUGACAGGAGAUCCUUUCUUCAUCGACCAGAACCUUCUGGUGUACCCCAUCCAGGGUUUCCCCGAUCAGGAGAUCUGUGACGCUUCUACAAGACUGAUCAACGGACACCUCAAUCGCUUCAGUUCCACCAGCCGCAUCCUGCAACAGCGUCAGAGCAUCGAGCUGGUUCCCCUGACUCACGCUUUUUACUUCUACAACGGAAAAGUCCACGACUUCUUUGUCUACGGGACAGAGAACAAAGUAUUUGCAUCCAAAUAUCCCACCGCAUGUUCUAUUUUAUAAGUAGCAGGGAUUUGUGGUGGUUAAGGUGACGUUACGACCCCAAACACUCCCACGUGUCUCACGGACAGGUGUCAUGGGUCAUUGCUUUAAUGGUUCAUGAGACUUUGAUGUGUGAGAAAUCUACAAUCUAAACUUUCAAUUCAUUCUCAAAACAGUGUGAAAAGCAGUAGACGUUCUGAAUGUGGCCUUAAUGUCAACAACAGUCUGGUUAUCAUGUGUCCAUGUGAACACCCGAGUAGUGUAACUAUAGUAAUCCUUCAUGAUUAACCUCACAUAUGCACUAGUAUAAUCCUACGAGCCUGCAGGCGUCAAAGGUUCAAAUUUCUGAUAAUCUGUGUGCACGGAUUAAUUAUUCAUACCUAUAAUUUACAAAACUGUGACCUGACUAGAGUCAUGUUGUUUUUAUAGCUGUGUGAACAGAGGUUGCAGGUGUUUACAGCAGGUUAGCAGACGUGUUUAAUGAACGAAGCCCCUCAAAUAAAUGAUAAAUUAUCCCGUCCAUUCAUCUCUUUAUCAUACAUACAGACUGCAUUGUUAGCAUUAGCCUGCGGGCUAAUCUACUGUAGCCGCGACAGUUGACAGGUGGUGGAUGAUCUAAAAGGGCUACGUGGUUCAUAAUAUUGGAUUAGGAUUUUGGGCUGAGAUUCAUGGGUAGUAGGUUAUUCUUUUUAAAUUUAUUUUAUUCUCGUUAAUUGUGAAUUCAGGGCAGGCUUGGGCAAAAUGUCACCACAGAUUAACCUUUAAAUAUCUCUGGUUGUAUAAGUCCAUUUUAAAUGUAAAUCAGUGAGCAGGACCGCUGAAUUUCAUUCAUCACGUAUGCAGUUAACUGCCAGUUACUUUUCACUAUGUACAGACGGUAGUUUGACUUUCCAGACAGUAUGCUUUUAUAAAACAUAUAUAAUUUAAACAGAUUUUAACAUCACAUCCUAAUUGGAGUUUACAAAUAAAGGUAAUUCCCUUUACAGUAUGAGUGAUUAAUUCUGUUGCACUGAAUCAAAGGUUUGCCCUCGACGUCCGCCAGGCUCCAUAUAACCCAGUAUAAUCCAGUAAGUGAACUGUGUGUGUACUAACGUCUACUACCUCUCUACUGUCGGCUCGGACUGAGCGCUUCGCAGCCGGCGCUCUCUCUUUGAGAUUCAGCGCCGAAUCAAAUCCCUCCAGUUCACAUUAACAGAGACGACGUGAAUAUUAUGUGGUGACAUGACGACAGAUCUUCUUGUCUCUGUAGCUCCGAGUUGAUUUUCAGGCGUCUUCGCUGUCGCAUCCAGAGUGAAUCAGAAGCCAUACUCUGUUUUAUUGUGUUUAUUUUUACUUUUGAUGGACUAAAACACUUCUACAUUUUUACUUACAUUUUUCCUGCCUUUUAUAAAUAUAAAAAAAAUAUCUUUUUAUACUAUAUUUAUCUGAAUUCCUUCCAUCUACAGACGGUGAAAUCCUGUGCAGUUUACAGUCACUUCCUCUGCACUGAUUCAUGUCGUUGGAUAAUUUCUAACUCCGUUUUAACUUCUGUCUUUACAUCUCUCGUCUGGCUCUUAGGUUUUAAACAUUUGGAUUAUCACCUAGGUAACGGCAUGGUGAUGUGCAAAGAACACUAAUCAGACAAAUCUAUCGUCUAUUCUGGUCUUGAAUGGGACUCGUUGCGAUUUCAUUUUAGUCUGAAACGAUUACUGGAUUAAUCCUUCAGUUGAUUUGCAGAAAAAUAAUCUGUAAUUAUUCAGAUUUAUGUUGAUUUUCCAGCUUCUGAGCUGUGAAGACUUUCUGCUUUUAUUCAUCGUACCUGAUGAUAAACUGAAUAUCUUUUAGAUUUUAUACUCAAGUCAGGUGAAACUUUUCCACUGCUCGCUGACAUUUUAAAGACCAAAUGGUUCGUUGUGCAGUUGUGCAGUGGUUAGCACUGUUAGCACUUAGCUGGGAUCGGCUCCAGGAGAUGAAUCAAUAUUGAAAACAUUUGUCAGUUGCAGCUUUACCUAACAGAUAAAGAGUUUUUAACAUUUAUUUAGUAUCAUACCAGUUACAUCUUCGCUUGUUGGACGGUCCAGCAAGUCAGGAAACUAAAAUGUGCCAGUUUGAUAUAAAAAUCACAGUCACAGGAAAAGCACUUAACGUACAGUACAGUACUUUAUAUCUACUCUCUCUCUCUCUCUCUCUCUCUCUCUCUCUCUCUCUCUGUGCCUCAGUGACACGUUGCUAUAACGACUGAACAGACCUUUAACAUUGUGCACACGUUCAACACAAUGUUCUUUUACUCAGCUACAGGCCAAAGAAAGACCCGUUAUCACAGUUUACACAUGGAGACUUUCCGUCUCAGGUCUCACUGACAGUUUGUCAUUUUGAUAAGUGACUGUUCAUAUCACAACUUUUCUAUCAGAGGAGAUUUAUUUUUCUUUGUGUGUUAAAUCAAAGGUUUUUAUUUUCUUUUAGAAAACAGUAAAUCUAGUGUCUCAGUUUACAUCUAUGGAAAAUACUCAUUCAUAUUUCAUAUUAUGUUAUUUUUUUGUACGUCUGACAAUGUCUCUGUGAUUGUUAAAGAAUUUAAUCAGUUUGAAUUUUAUAUGUAAAAGAUAUUUUAUUAGGACAUGACAGGCUUCAGUUUCACUCCCAGAAAUGAAGUAAAUUUACAGCUUCUUGAGUUUGUCUCCACUUUUACAACGGGAAAAUCACUUUCUAUACUAUUGUGUGUGUCACGUAGUCCAGUUAUCUCUGUCUAAACUUAUUACAGCUAAAGUUACAAUUUAAAGUCGUGUUGUUUCAUAAAUAAACAUAAUAAAACCUGUUCAAUAUAUUCAGUAAAGAUGUCACAAAUAAACUUUCCUGUUAUCAUC